AUGUCAAGUGAAGAAACUGCUAAAGCUGUUACGGAAGGUGUUGCCAACCUCCACCUGGACGACGUUACCGGUGAAAUGGUGUCUAAAUCUGAAUUAAAGAAACGUAUUAAACAGAGACAGACGGAAGCCAAAAAGGCUGCUAAGAAAGCCACUACGCAACCAAAGCCCCAAUCUAAGAAGAAAGAUGACGCCUUUGCCGAUUUGGACCCUUCGCAAUAUUUUGAAGCCAGAUCUCGUCAAAUUAACGAACUGAGAAAAACGCUAUCUCCAAAUCCAUAUCCUCACAAGUUUAACGUUUCAAUUACUCUGGCCGAUUUCUUGAAGAAGUACGCUCAUUUGAAGAGAGGUGAGACGCUUCCAAACGAAAAAGUCUCUAUUGCCGGGAGGGUUCACGCCAAGAGAGAAUCUGGUUCUAAGCUGAAAUUCUUCGUUUUGCACGGUGACGGUGUCGAUGUUCAAGUCAUGGCGCAAUUGCAAGACUACCACUCUGAGGAGGCCUACGAACGUGACCACGAUUUGAUCAAAAGAGGUGAUAUCAUUGGUGUCGAAGGUUACGUCGGAAGAACGCAACCAAAGAAGGGUGGUGAAGGUGAGAUCUCUGUUUUCGUCUCGCGCGUCCAAUUGCUGACUCCAUGUUUGCACAUCUUGCCAGCGGACCACUUCGGUUUUAAGGAUCAGGAAACCAGAUACAGAAAGCGUUAUCUAGAUUUGAUCAUGAACAAAGAUGCCAGACCUCGUUUCAUUACGCGUUCCAAGAUUAUCUCACACAUCAGGCAGUUUCUCGACCAGAGAGAUUUCAUUGAGGUUGAGACUCCAAUGAUGAACGUGAUCGCCGGUGGUGCCACUGCCAAGCCUUUUGUUACUCACCACAAUGACUUGAACAUGGACAUGUACAUGAGAAUUGCUCCUGAAUUGUUUUUGAAAGAGCUGGUCGUCGGUGGCUUGAACAGAGUUUAUGAAAUUGGCAGACAAUUCAGAAACGAAGGUAUUGAUAUGACUCACAACCCUGAAUUCACCACUUGUGAGUUUUACCAAGCCUAUGCCGACGUUUACGAUUUGAUGGAUAUGACCGAGGAAUUAUUCUCUGAAAUGGUCAAGGCGAUUACGGGAUCUUACACCAUCAAGUACCACCCUGACCCUCAUGACCCAUCCAAGGAGAUGGAGUUGAACUUUGCCAGACCCUGGAAGAGAAUCAACAUGAUCGAGGAACUAGAAAAGAGACAUAACAUCAAGUUCCCACCAGGCGACGAACUACACACCUCUGAGACAGGUGAGUUUUUGAAGAAUUUGUUGGCCAAAGCUAACUUGGAAUGCUCUCCCCCUUUAACAAACGCGCGGAUGCUAGACAAGCUUGUCGGUGACUUGGAAGACAGUUGCAUCAACCCAACCUUCAUUUUCGGUCACCCACAAAUGAUGUCCCCAUUGGCCAAAUACUCCAGAGACAUGCCUGGUCUUUGUGAACGUUUCGAAGUUUUCGUCGCUACUAAGGAAAUUUGCAACGCUUACACGGAAUUGAACGAUCCAUUCGACCAAAGAGCUCGUUUCGAGGAGCAAGCCAGGCAAAAGGACCAAGGUGACGACGAAGCUCAAAUGAUUGAUGAGACAUUCUGCAACGCCCUCGAGUAUGGUCUUCCUCCAACUGGUGGCUGGGGCUGCGGUAUUGAUAGAUUAGCCAUGUUCCUAACAGAUUCUAACACCAUCAGAGAAGUGCUCUUGUUCCCAACUUUGAAGCCUGAUGUCCAAAAGGAAGUCGAGGAACCAAAGGCCUGA